UCCUCCGGCUCUCCCCGUCCGCUGCGCACCGCCCAGCUCAUCCUCCUCCUCCUCCCGCUGCAUUCUUUGCCUCUUCGGCAACGCUUCCCUCCCCGGUGCGGCGGUGCCUCGCCUGCUCGCUCGACGGCCCUCUCCAAUUAAGCAGGGGACUGCGGUGCCACGCGGCCGACGAUGACCACUCCGGGCACCACGGCGAUGUUCGCCGGCCUCGCCAUCUUGCUGUUCUCCGUCAGCGCCGGAUUCAACUCCGGCGCCGGCGGAUUCGGCUUGCUGCUCUGCUUCGCGGGGGUUCUCGCCGGCGCCAACAUCGUCGCCGUCGGCAUCCUGGCGCCCGUCGUCCCGGCGGUGUUGGCCGAGGCGCGUGCUCUCGCAGAGUUCCUUGGUCGCAACCUCGCCGUCGUGGGGCUCGUGAUGGCUUCCUGCGCCGUCACGGCGGUCUCCGGCGAAGCAGGCCAGGUGCUCUGCUUCGGCAUGUUUGCUCUGCUCCUCCUCGGCCUCUCCCUGAUCAGCGUUGGGAUUCUUGGCCUCUCCCAGAUGCAUUGAGUAUCUGUUGCUGCUGCUGCCUCCUGCUUGCUGUCAUUCUCAUGCCGUGUGGGCUCAAAUAAUGAAUGUGCGCUACUAUAGUUCAAGUGUCCUUCUUUCCUCUGGCCAUGUAAUGCCAUACUGUCUCUUCUGAGAGAUGAUGUAAGACAAAUAAUGACAGGCUGCACACCUUGUAGUA